AUGUCUCUGCAGUCGGCUGAGUCAAUGGGUGCUACAAGCAGGGUCCAAGUGGCAUCUUCGAUUCCAAGGCAAGCGCCAAAAAAAGCAAAGUCUGUGUCGUUUUGGACUGACAGAAGUAGAGUGCAGGGUCCUCUGUUGAACGGUAGCACGUCCAAGGUAGUUAGACGUCGAAAAAAGUCGGCUGGAAGCCGGUCUGAGCGCCACCUGUCAGGCGAGCAUCAGGCGAUGGCCAAGAGGAAAAGAGGCCACGGUACGGCAGAGUGCGAACAGGCGAGAGCCGAAGGAAGCGGCGUUGACAGACAGGCUGAAUCAAGUGAGACUGGUGCCGCUGAUACCUGUCGAUUCUCACCGACCGGAAGACGUUGGUUUUGUCUGUGUUCCGUCACCGCCGACCGCAUCCCGUUCAUGCAAGCCACUCGUCUUGUCACCCGUUCGGACCCCUCUGCAUCCUGCGGCAUGGCGUUGACCGCGUAA